AAACGCAGAACGCACAAUGAGUUUAUUUGCGAAUGCUAAACAUCAGAGGAAAAACCACUAGAGUUCUAAAAUGGCAGACUCGGUAAUGAUGGGGAGCGGAUCUUUAAACUCCGGAAGCCGCUCGGGGAGCAGUAAGACCUGCACCAGUCCCACAGAGAACUAUCAGCUGGCUCGGAGACGCACGCUGCAAGUGGUGGUCAGUGCUCUGCUGACCGAGUGUGGCUUUGAUAGCGCUGAGAAAGCUGUUGUGGAGACACUCACUGAGAUGAUGCAGAGCUAUAUAACAGAAGUUGGACGUUGCGCAAAGGCAAACUGUGAGCACACAGCCAGAAGCACCCCUACUCUGUCUGAUGUGGUCAUUACUCUCGUCGAAAUGGGUUUUAAUGUGGAUACUCUUCCAGUGUACGCCAAAAGAUCUCAAAGAAUGGUUAUAACAGCACCUCCGAUAACAAACGCUCCGGUGGUACCAAAAUCUCUGACGGCUGGACAGAAACGCACUCACCCGGCACACAUCCCCAGCCACUUCCCUGAUUUCCCAGAUCCUCAUACAUACAUCAGAACACCAACCUUUCGAGAGCCUGUAUCAGACUAUCAGGUGGUGAGAGAAAAGGCAGCGUCUCAGAGAAGAGAUGUUGAACGAGCUCUCACACGCUUCAUGGCCAAGACCGGAGAGACGCAGAGCCUAUUUAAGGAUGACCAGAUGGACAAUGAUAACAACACCAGUCACAUCAUGCAGGACGACUCCGGUGCAGAUAAGGAGAAUGAAGUGCUGCCACCUGGUGGUGUUGUGCCUUCAGGCAAGGCCAAUGAGGAAAACAUGAUUGACAACCCAUAUCUACGACCAGUCAAAAAGCCCAAAGUGAGAAGGAAAAAAUGAAUUUUGCUCUACUGACUUGGCCACAUCUACAUCAGUUGUUUCUGAAUAAGACUUCUCAGCACUUGCUUUUCACAUUGUGCUCCUUGAAGUUAGUACCAUAUGACAAACUAGAGUCUUCAACGACUGCAAUUCAAAAACACGCAGCGAUCUAUCAGGUUACUGACAUCUGAUUCUUAUUUAAUGAAAAACUGUUCUGUACACGUCAAUAAUAUUAGAUGGAUUUCACAUCACUUACGGUUGAUGUUUUUUUUUUUUUUUUUGAUAAGAAUUCCCUUGAAAUACCUUGAAGUUUUCAACCCAUCUGAAAUGUGACGUUUCUUUGGAUUUGUGUUUGUUAUUCAUUUGUGAAUGGGGUAAUAAAUGUCUUUCAUUGUUUAUUUUUAGCCAUUGUUUCAAAAGGACAUGUUAAAAAAUUAAAAAUCAGAAUAUA